CCAUUCAUGUUCCAUCUCCCUUCAACGAUCGGGUGUAACUCUCCCAUUCAUGCUGGGUUUAAGCAUUGACGAGGGUAUUUUGGGAAUUCAGUGAAUUAAAUGGCAAAUAUAAAUGGUAUUGGCGCGCACAAGAGGGCGUGUGGAAUUGGAAUGGAAGAGAAAGGGCGAGAGGGUAAUGAGGAGCUUACGCUUAUUGGGGCUUCCUCUUGCUUCAACGAUUAAAACUAUUAUUCCUUGUAAAGUUAAACCCAGGCAAUUCCACCUGUAUCACAGUUCGAAACCCUGUUCUUCAUGCUCUUAUCUCUCCCUGGGUAAAGACUCAACUGCCAUUGCCGGCGCUCUUUCCCUCGCCGAGACUUCAAACUCAUGUUUUCUUGGUCUCCAAAUCCAUGCCCGCAUCAUCAAGCUGGGACUCACUAGCGACAUUUUUUCAUUGAAUAACUUGAUCAAAACGUACUCGAAAUGUGGGCAACUGGGUCAUGCGCUCAAGGUGUUUGAUGAAAUGCCUGAGAGGAACCUCGUCUCUUGGACUCUGCUCGUCACGGCUGCUGUCCAGGAUGGUGAGUUUGAAUUGGGAUUGGAGGUUUAUUCGGAAUUGGUAACAACGGGCUUGAGGCCGAAUGAGUUCUCUGUUGCUAGUGUUCUCAAGGCAUGUGCAAGUACGGAAGCGUAUAAGUUUGGCAUCAGUGUUCAUUCUUGUGCUCUGAAACUUGGGAUUGAGCAGAACCGUUUUGUCGCUAGCUCUCUUUUGAACAUGUAUGCUGAGUUGGAGGAUGUUGAAUCCGCCGAGGGGGUGUUUGAGUCUACGACCGAUCUUGAUACUGCUUGUUGGAAUACUAUGAUUGGAGGGUAUACGAAGUGUGGCUAUGGCUUUGAAUCCUGGAAGCUUGUGUCUUUAAUGGUGUGCAAAGGGUUAUGCAUGGACCACUUCACCUUUGUUAAUGCUCUUAAGGGGUGCUCCUCUAUGGGGAAUUUAGAUUUUGGGAAGCAACUACAUGGAUUGCUCAUCCGUAGUGACAUGGAAUUUAGUACCUCAGUAAUGAACGCUCUUACGGAUAUGUACUCUACACACGGGAAGAAGGAUUUGGCUUUCAAAGUUUUCAAUAGGAUAAAAACCAAAGACAUAAUAUCCUGGAACACUGCAUUUGGGGUCUUUUCUGACGACAUAAAUGCAAAAGAGCUUUUAAACUUAGUCCAUGAGUUCAUGCUAGCAAACAUGAAGCCAAACCAUGUCACUUUCUCAGUCCUGUUUAGACAAUGUGGUCAGCUACUUGAUCUUAACCUUGGGCAUCAGUUUUUCUGCCUUGCAUUGCAAUUUGGAGUCUGUAAUGAAGCUAUUGUCAGAAGCUCAUUAAUGAACAUGUUUUCUAGAUGUGGGGCUGUGGAGAUGGCAUUCUUGUUUUUUGACAGCUUACUGUACAAAAGCAUAACUUCUUGGAACGAGUUGAUUUCUGGAUGCAAUUCAAACUAUUACUACGUGGAAGCCAUGAAGAGUUUUUACAAUCUAUGGCACUUGGGAGUUGGAGUCAAUGAAUUUACCUUGUCCAUUAUAUUGGAAACUUGUUUUAGAGAUGAACACCAACAAAUGGUUAGACAAAUUCAUGGUGCUAUUGUCAAGUCUGGCUAUUCAUUGCAUGGAUAUGUUUGUAGCUCAUUAAUUAAAUGCUAUGUUAAACUUGGACAACUUGAUGAGUCCUUCGAGUUUUUUAAUGGGUUUGAGAGCUUGGAUGUGGAAAUUUGGGGGACCAUGAUAUCUGCGCUGGUGCAUCAGGGAUAUCAUUUUCAAGCUAUCAAAUUUCUCAACUCUCUGAUGGAAGCUGGCAGGAAGCCUGAUGAAUUUAUCUUGGGUAGUAUUCUAAGUAGUUGUGCUCAUAUUGCAGGCUAUCAUUUAACUCAUUCUGUUCAUUCCAUUGUCAUCAAAAUGGGAUUUCAAAAACAAGUAUUUGUGGUUAGUGCAGUUAUAGAUGCUUACGCAAAAUGCGGGGAUAUUGAAAAUGCAAGGAUGAUAUUUAGCCAGUCAUCUAAAUCUGGUGAUGUAGUUAUAUGUAACGCUAUGAUCAUAGCUUGUGCUCAUCACGGUCUGGUCGAGGAAGCUAUGGCGAUCUUUGAGAAAAUGAAGUUGGCUAAUCUAAAGCCCAGCCAAGCCACAUUUGUGUCAGUGUUAGCAGCUUGUAGCCACAUGGGACGGGUUGAUCAAGGUCGUUUGUUGUUUGAAUCAAUAGCCUCUGAUCAUAAGUUGGAACAAAUUUCUCAGGAUAUUUAUGGUUGCAUGGUUGAUUUGCUUUCACGAAAUGGAUUCCUUGAAGAAGCUAGACAAAUAAUUGAAGUAAUGCCUUAUACUCCUUGGCCUGCCAUAUUAAGAUCCUUGCUUAGCGGUUGUCGGACACAUGGGAACUUACAGUUGGGAGAAUGGGCUGUUAAGGAGUUAGUCCAGUUGGUUCCAGAAAAUGAUGCACCUUAUGUAUUAUUGUCAAAGGCUCAUUCUGAAGCAGGUAGUUGGGAGGAUGCUACAAAGAUAAGGAGGGAAAUGAUAGAAAGGGGUGUACAAAAAAAUACAGGAUAUAGUUGGAUUGAGCUAUAGAAAAAAGCACUCUCAGGAUUAUCUUCAGCAUCAUCAGGGCCUAUAAUCAUGUUGGUUGUGACAAGCUCAUGAAAUUUGAUGUUCCUGGCCGUCGAUUCAGUUGAUCUUCACUGAUCGAAACCAAUCAGAGCUUCUCGCAGAUCACAACCAAGUCGGAAUCAUCCGAAACAAGGCGAUCAUCAUCAGCAGCGACGCCGCCAUCCCUCUGUUCCUGUCGCCGGCGUAAGAGCGCUUGGACGAGGCGGACUUCUUUGAUGCCUUGAGGAGACGAUGCGGGAGCUCAUCGCCAGCUUACGGUACUUUGCACAUCAGACCUCUGUUUUGGGGUUAUUCUAUCCUACAGUGGCGUCAUUGUAAUAUUAACAAAAAAUUGUUCAAAUUUGUAAUUGCGGAUGAAACACCAGGAAUUAAGCCUGCUUUAUUUUCUUUGGGCCCGGGCUCCUUGUCCUUAUUUGUAUAAAACUUACAAAAUGCUUAUUCUUUGCCACGGGGCAACCUUGUUAAUUUCAGGCUUCUAUUACGCGUGGAUUGCUGACUAUGCUUAUAAAGGAGACAAGGGCUUCUCUUUCUCCGACCUAUCACCUGAAUGGGUCUUUACUCUUCUUUGACUUCACACGGCUGGAAUUCACCAACGCUAAAUGUUCUUGGAGAGAUUCUACGGAUUGCAAAUUGGAGAGAUUGGCUCAUGAAGUGGGAUGUGAGAUAGGAUUUGGCCCCUAAAAUAUUUGGGUCUGCCCAUGGGUGCCAAUCCUUUUGGCACCCUGUGAUCGAGAAAGUAGAGAAGAGACUUGAGGUUGGAAGUUGGCUUUUUUAUCAAGAGGUGGCAGGUUGACCUUGGUCCAAGCAGUUCUGGGCUGUUUACCUUAUAUCUCUGUUUUCCAAGAUAUCAAAACACUUGAAUCAUAUGGCAAGAGCCUUCUGGAGAUUUUCCCCGAGUUAUAUCAGUCUAUGUUAUCUUUGCUGCCGUGAAAAGGCUUUUUAGUUUUCAAGAUCGACUACUUAUAUCUAAGCUUUGUACUACGAACAUGCCCUGGUGUUCCCCAGGUUUUGUAACAUUACUAGCAUUUCCUACAGAUGGCUUGUUUGAGCGGUUCCUUCACUUUUCAAACAAUUCCUUCUAGUUGAAGAGUGCAAUUCAAAUUUAUUGGUAACAUGGCAUUGAAAUUACUU